AUGGCCCAGGACGAGGCUUUGCAAUCCCUCCAGCGCAUCGUCUGGCAAGCUCGACUGCCUCUGGAGAUUCGACUAGCCGCUUCAGAAUGUCGUACCUUUGACGGCGCCGACCCUUACCUGAUUGCUUUUCCUCGUUUGUCGUAUCUUCCACUCCUCCUUCCACGCCUUCACGCCUUCUUUUCGCCUUCAUUAAUCGCCGAUCCCGAGACAAUAUCACCUUAUGCCGGCUAUUUCACUUAUGACAAUGUUCCCUUGAAAUGGCAUCUCCCGCUAGGGCUGCUCUACGAUGUCUACGUGGGGUCGACCCAAGAUGCCCGACCAGAUCCAUCGUCUUCCGACCCUCUACCAUUCAAGCUAACAUUGCAUUUCACCCCCGACCCGGACAAGCCAAUGCUGCCAGAUGCAAGCCCCGUCGUCCUGCAUGAUUCUUUCAUCAAUUCCGUCAAAGAGGCAGAUUUUCUGAGGUCUGGCACGGCGAAACCCAUCAUGACUCUGUCGGCUCAGGAGAGCAAGGACCUGUGGACCUCGACCCAGGACAAUGAUUUGCCCACCUUUGCGAGAAUCCACGGCUCUUUGGUGCCAACACCGGGCCAGAUGAGACAUAUCCCUUUGCGACUGUAUUUACCUUCUGCGCCAGACCAAGACCCGAGCAAAGCGCAAAUUAAAGUGCUGCAGUCGCACAUCCCACCCACUGUCGCAGCUGCCGGUAACCAGACCUUCCCUGCAGCAGUGCGAAGUGUCACUGCAGGACAGCCUCAGACGCUGGGAACGGCCUUGCAUCAACUUGUGCCCAGCCUGUUUCCAUCUCGAAGGACGCCGAUUCUAGCCACACCGCUUCUGCAUGGGGCGUCACUGCCUAUGGGUGCUCAUCUUGAGGAGCUGGCCAGAUGGGGCUGCUAUGCGGACGGCUGGUUGUCGGUGGUGAUAGCCAUGCGUGGAUAG